AUGGAUUUGAAAUUAAUUUGCCAACCUAAAUUUCAUUUUCGAUUUUUUAAUUUCUCUGGAGAACCAAAAGCAAUCGAUCCAUCUAUUCAUGAUUACGAACACAUACCAAUAGUUACACUUGAAGAAGCAGUUGAACCAUUAGUAAUUUUCAUACCUCAAGUACAAGAUAUGGUUAAAUUAGUAAAAGAAAAAUGUCAACAACCAAAAGAUAAUCUUUCUAUAGAUGAAUCAGGUUCAAUUAUGCUUUAUACAAUGGAAUGGUUACCAAAAGAAGAUUCAUUUCAUUAUAUAUUUAAUCGAAAACUUCAUUUAAAUGAUCCUAAUGAAUUAAUCCCUUGGUAUUUUUAUUUAAAAUUAAUUUCAACAUCAUUAUCAAAAUUACCAAAAUUAUCUAGGCGAAUUUUUUAUCGAGGAAUUAAUUUAGAUUUAAAAAAUGAAUAUUUUUUGAAUAGAAAACUUUUUUAUAAUCAUGCAAAAAAUAUCAGUCAACAUUCAUUUUAUAAAAUAGAACAUGAAAUUUUACUCUUACCUGGACAACGAUUUCAAAUUGUUUCAUAUAAAUCAAGAGAUGAACUUCAUGUUAUUACUUUAAAAGAAAUUUCAUAUCCCGAUUCUAUUGAAACAAGUUUGUCAACAGUAACUAGAAAUGAAAAUUUAAAAUUGUUUAAUUUAUUAUUUCGAAAACGAAUUAAAUAUUAUGAGAACUAUUGUGAAAUUAAUUUGAGAAAUCAAAAAUUAACUGAUACUCAUAUGAAUAUUAUUACUGAACAAGCUAUAAAAAAUAAAAAAUGUAUUUGGCUCUCGUUACAAAAUAAUCAAAUUACAUCACAGGGUCUAUGUAUUGUAGCUGAUAGUUUAAAGGAAAAUGAUUCAUUAGAAUCAUUAUAUCUUUCACAAAAUUUCGUGACUAAUGUCGGUGUAAAAUAUUUAACUGAGAUUCUUUCAAAUAAUUAUUCAAAUUUGACAUUACUUUGUCUUGAUCACAAUGGUAUUAAAGAUGAAGGUGUACAUUAUUUAGCUGAUAUGUUAAAAGAAAAUCGAACUUUAACUGAUUUAUGGCUUUCAUAUAAUGAUAUAAGUGAUUAUGGUGUACAAUCAUUGGCAAAUGUAUUACGAUCUGAUAAUGAAACUCUUAUGCAAUUAUAUUUAAAUGGAAAUAAAUUAAUAAGUGAUUAUAGUAGUAAUUUUCUUGUUUCUAUGUUUGAAUCCAAUCGAACAUUAAAUACUUUUUGGUUACAAGAUUGUUGUUUGUCACAAGAAGGGAAAAUAAAAAUGUCAAGUUAUAGUUAUGAUAAUUCAGCAAUGGAUCAACGACGAUCGAAUUUUACUAAUUUAUAUGUGAAAAAUUUUAGUAAAGAUAUGAAUGAAACAAAAUUAUGUCACUUAUUUGGUACUUAUGGUACUAUAACAAGCUGUAAAAUUCAAACAGAUAAUAAUGGUCAAUCAAAAGGAUUUGGUUUUGUUAAUUUUGAACGACCAGAAAUGGCACAACAUGCAAUGAUGAAUUUAAAUGGAUAUGUAUUACACGACGGCAAACAAUUGUAUGUUGGACGUUUUCAAAAAAAAUCUGAACGUCAAAAUGAACUUCUACGAAUUCGCGAAGAAAAUCAGCAUAAACAAUCGAAUAAUCUUUCGUUGUUUGUUAGUAAUUUGGAUCCAUUGAUUGAUGAACAAUUACUUGAAGUAAUAUUUACUAAAUUUGGUAGAGUAACUAAAACACAUAUCUUGAGAAAUGGUAAUCAAUCAAAAGGUGUUGGUUUUGUAUGCUUUAAUACAAUAGAAGAAGCAACUAAAGCUCUAAAUGAAAUGAAUGGUAAAUGGAUUCUUUCAAAACCAAUCUAUGUAAAAUUGAGUACAAAUAUGAAUAGUGAACAAUCAAUUACACCUAGUCCACCAACGCCAUCGAUUUCUUCAGCAAAUAUAACUUCUCCACCAACGAUUCGAAUGCCAUAUUUCAAUACUCCAAUGAUGUUUUAUCUACCUACACUUAUUGCUCCAACUCAAUCAAAUAAUUAUCCAUUAUCAAUAGAUCCACUCAAUUUGCAAACACAGUCUACUAAAAGAUAUUCACCACCACCAUCAUCAAUGCUAACGUCAUCCAGUACUACUAAUACAAAACAAUAA